AUGGACCACCUUAGGAGACGAAAUUGGUGGAAUAAAAUUGAUGGAACCAACGGAGUCAUUGCAAUUGUUUCAUGCGUACUAUGGGGUGUAUUGUUUAUUUUGAAACCAACACCACUCGUUGUCCCUGAAAAUGAUUCCGGAUCGAGUUUUCCAAGGGAUGAAAAGAAUGCAUUACCAACUGCUCUAAUGGGAGCUGUUUUAGCAGCAGUAUUCUUUAUAGUAUUUAUAUCAGCUUUACUUUCAAAAAGAUAUUUUCCGAAAUAUAUCACAAAUUUCAAUGGAUGGACUUUCAUUUGGGCGUUCAUAGCUGCAGAAGGUAUUAGCGGAUUAUGUGUUUCUCUCUUCAAGAACUAUGUCGGACGUUCUAGGCCAGAUCUAUUUGCAAUCUGCGGAAAAAAUGUCGACAUCAAUAAUCCGGAUUCAUGUCCCAAUCUUACUAAGCGAGAAUUUUAUGAUCAAUUCAGAUCAUGGCCGUCAGGGCAUUCUCAAACUGCAAUGUCAGGAUUUGUUAUCAUUGCACUAUUUGUUCAGAAAGUUAUUAAUGCAAACAAUCUUAUUAGUUCCUUUUGCGGAUCUUUGUUUAUUAUUUUAGCCAUUUGGUGUGGUGCUACAAGAAUUCGCGAUUAUAAGCAUCGUCCUGAUGAUGUUUUAGCCGGUUUCUUUAUUGGUUAUAUCUUCGCACAGUUCAUCUGGCUACAAAUGGUUAAUCGCAUUUUCCCUGGAGAAGAACCAGACAUUAUUGAGGACAAAUCUGUAAUUGAUGUUGAUCUACAGCAAUAUGAAGCAUAG